UCCUUGUUCUCAGCUUUGAUGAAGUAUUCGACCAUGACAGGUCUACAAGGUUUAGCGUUCCUCCUUGGUUUCCUGGGAGGGUAUAAGCCGGUUACUUCACAAGUAAUUAAUACAAGUUUGGCAUCACUUUCCUUGGAUGAGCUGGUUAGCGGAUUUCGUUUCCAACAAAUACAGCUUUCCACAACAAUGAUGAAUGCCAGUUAUCACGCGAGACUUCCCGAGAAACUCGCGGCAGCAGAGGCUCGGGAGGCGGAUCAAAGAGAAGCAAAAGCGUCAAGAGCUUACCACGAGGCCAAGACACCGUUCAUUGCCACCACCUCCCGUUACAACCUGGGAUACAUAGGGCGUGGCUACGAUUUGUUUAAGGGGAAUCCCCUCAGUGAUGAUGGUGUCGUUGAUCAAGGAUUCCGUCUCCCAAUAAUGGAGCUGCCCUACACUCACAAGUUCACGGCGGACGGUACAUACAGAAUCCCCGAUAACGUGGACGUGAUUUCUGAAUCUAGUGCUAAAUUUGGAUCUUCCCUCCACACGGUUCAAUCGGAGUCUGACUACAAGAGCAUGCUCAGUGUGGAUGCAUCGGUCAAUGCUCAAGGAGGCGGCUGGGGAGUCAGUGCUAGCUUUAGCGCAAGCGCAUCGUAUCAGAAGAAUACGCGGGAAAUUCAAAAGGGGGAAACAACUUCGCUGAGUGUUGUCAGUCGUGCCGUCGUAUACAGGGCGAGAAUGUCGGAAACUUCAAAGUCGUCAAAGGUUAAUGAUUACUUUGAAAAGGCAGUAAUGUUAUUGCCUAUGGAAAAUUGUGACUCAGGUGCGCUUCAGGAAAUGUAUAUCAACCUUGUUCGGGAAUUUGGAACCCAUUAUACAACGGAAGUUGUUAUGGGUGCUAAGGCAGUGCAACAACUGACCUUCUCAAAAUCAGACUUAUCCAAAUUAGAAUCUGAGGGAAUAAGCGCAAAGGUAGCUGCACAAGCAUCUUUCAGUGGGUUUGGCGCUUCCGGUGGCGGUGGUUUUAGUGUUGGUGUGAGUUCAAAAGAGGAAGCAUUUAAUCGGGUACAGAAUACCAACAAAGAGCAGUAUGAAUACUACAUAGGUGGAAAUCCCCCAUCUGGAGACUUCUCGUCAGGAAGUACCGAGAGUUUACGAGAGUGGGCGAGAUCGGCAGACGAGAAGCCGGUUCCUAUUCAGUAUAAGAUGACGUCAAUAGAUAACUUAUUGAAACCUGGGUAUUUCAAAGACAUAACAUACGGUUUGUUUGAGAGACGUCACUGUUUAAGAUCAGCAAUAUACGCGUAUUGUAAACAGACAUCGUCUCCGUCCUUGUGUAGUCCGCCUGAUGAAGCUUCUCUCGGGUCAAGACGUAAACGUCAAACUGAUAAUGCGCCAGUCGAUGGAAUCAAGUUUGGAGAUUUCAUCAGUCUUAGGAACGAACAAUCCAAAAAAUACUUGUCACUGUCUGGCUCUACUGGUAUCCUGCAAGGAAUUGUUACAAAACCUUUGGUACCAGUUACAACAUUUUCGGAUUACGGCGGUCUUUUUCAAAUCAAGUCCAACGAUGAUGACGCUACCACUGUAGGAACUCCGCUAGAGUAUGGACAGGUCUUCAAACUCGUCACUGUUCAGGGUGAAAAUUUAUUCCUUGGAAGAGCAUUCAUUGAUGACGUAAAAUAUGCGCCGAGUAACAAGCUACAAGAUGCGUUUAAUCUCAAAGAUGGCCGCAAAUAUUUAUCCCCAGGAGAUUUGACAGGAAUGUCUAUAUUCCUAAAGUCUAAAAGGGAUAAACCAUACUUGAUAAGUUUGCAGCUAAAGUGCAGUUAUAGCAAAAACUACAAUGUACAAGUCAAUCUAGAAGGAAAUGAGGGGGCAGUCAAAUUUCAAAUGAGACAAUACUGCAGAUCCUGGUAUAAAUGGUAUCACGCCGCGUUCUCCGACAAGGACAUAGGUGAUCUUCAGCGGGUUCGCUUCAUGGGUACUUCAGGAACAGAACCAAUUAAAGGGAUUCAAGUACGAACAACAAGUCAGAAUGGAAGAAUUCUUAGAUAUCGUAAAACAGGACUUAGCUGUGCUGGAAACGAAGUUAUGUUUUCAAUGAAUAACAAAGAAGAAAAAUCAGCAGAGUAUGAUAUCUACCCUACACAAUUCUCGCUGCUCAGUAAAAACCAUCCGCUAGGAUCUUUUGUUAGACGGCGUGACACUGUUUUUGUAGAAGUUGUGUCUGCCAUCGAAAGGGAAUCAUUUUGGGGGAAACCAGCGACACAUUUACUCUCCCACAAAAACUCCAUGGUGACCAUAGAAGAGAAAACACCUGUGCCUCAUAAGCGAAUUUCAGGUUGUUCUGAGAUAAUUUAUCCUGGAAAUGAAAGACUAAGUGUAAUGACAUCAGUAGAUGGCAAUUAUUUUGUAUCCUUUUCUGUUGAUGUCAUGAUAACAACCAUAACUAUCAAGACCAAGAAAUCCUAUCUGGCUAACCAAUUUAAAGUUGAAUAUAUAGAUCGGAAUAGCUCAAGCUUUCAACAGUUGCAGAAUUACAUACGAAAUCCUAAUUCAGGUUCCACAACUAGUAUGGCGCUCACAUUCCCAAACAUGUACCUGGCAGCUAUUAAAGUUUAUAUUAACAGUGCGGUGGAUUUUACUCAAAAUAUUGGAAGUUUUCUAAUAAGCGGUUGUCCUGCAGCUCUCGUGGAGGAAAGACAACAGGAUACAAGAGCCGAGGAAUGGAAUCUUAAACUCAGUGAGAAUGAGAUACAGACUUAUCCAUACCUCAGUGUUAUCACAACACAGUAUAACGUGUCUAAUUUCGAUGUAAUUUUCGAGAACCUGGAAAGAACUUUCUCCGUCGAUAAUUACAGAGUUGUUGUUCCACUGAUGGCCAACAAAAGAGGCUGUAUGAUAGACGAUGAUUAUAUACAAACAUAUUUGAUGACAACGGAUGAAAUUGAAGGACUUAAGUUUGAGAACACUCGCGUGUCUUCGUCCGAGACAUCGAUCACCGUGACAACGUCGAUAACGGCCAUUAAUAAGAUAAUGUAUGAUCAGAACAUUCCUGCUUUAGACAGCAUUCUACGGAUGGCUGUUCAACAGUUCCCUUGUAAUGAAGGACGGGCAGCACUGUUUGCUUAUCGUCAGUCUUCUGAAGAAUUGGGUAUGUCUACAGUGGCCAUAGCAGUGAUUGCUGUUCUUGCAAUCAUCAUCGCCGCCUUUUUCAUUGUCUUGGGAACCCUUGCAUUUGUACGACAUCGACGAGGGAAGAAUGUUCCACCACCGUCGGACUCGCGACCAAUGGUUGAAGCAAACUGUUACGUGGAUGAGAGUGAACAUACUGAUGUUUUGUAUACUAACAAAGCAUUUGAUGCUCCACAGGAUCGCCUGCAGGCUUCUCCCGCCGUUCCAUCUAGAAGCAGACGACUAACUUAACCAAGUAGCUGCUAAGGAUCUGCGAACACGACUUUAUACCUAUCUUUUCGUCCUCCUUAAAUUCAUUUUCGAUUUGAUUGACUUCAAUAUUUUAUUGUUGGGUUUUUAUGAUUUCUUUUUAUUCUUGAUGUGAAACUACUAAGAUAAACAUUAUGAUCGAAUUUUCAGUUUUGAAUCGCUGUUUAAGUUAAAUAUUUAUUCUUGUUCAGAAUACGCUACGCUACGACACGCUACACAACUAACUUUAUGUAAGCAUUUUUAUAACACUUUUGAAGUUUAUAUCUAUUAGAAAAAUCAUUAUUUUCCAGUUUUAAAUGACUUGAUAUGAGCCUGAUAUUCUAUUUUCUGGGUAGAGUUUUAUUGUCGCAUUGAUUUUAUUAAAACAAAAGUGAGGGUUACUCUGAUAAAAAUGUAACAUUUUUGGGCUGAGAGAUAUGUCUGAUAUUUUGAAUUAGAAAACAAGCAACAAAUUCACCAUAUCUCAUUCCAUUUUGCAUUACUAUGUAUUUGCGUUUGCUCUUUUCAGGAAUUCUUUUUCAGCUUUCAUGUUCAACUAACCAGUAUAUUUCGUACACUUUGAUAAAAAGUUUUUAACCCCACCAUUGUACGUUUCCAAAUCCAUUUUGUGCUUUGUUUUUUUUUUUCUUUUAGUAUGUUAAUUAGAAGAUUUUGAAAUCUUCAAAGUAUAUCAUCUAAUAAUUUACUUCAGUGUCUUGUGAAUCAGUAUGCAAAUUAGCCUUAUAGUACGUCAUCAUGUAAUGCAUUAGCCAUAUUUUGGAAUAUGAAUAAAAAGUCAAGGGGUGACGAAAACAAAAGUAUGAAAUAAUGAAGCUAUAGAUUAAUUAUUCUAAACAAAGACCUUUUAAAGUACUGUAAUACAUACAUAUCAGUGUUGAAUUGUAUAUUAGAAAUGCUUUUAUGACGUGGUCAGUUUUUAAUCGCGAAAAGACAAAUAAUUGAAUAAUUUUAUUUCAUAGAAUACACUAGUAUUUGUUAACAAAGAAAAAACUGUCUGUUCGGUGAUUAGCUAAGCAAGUUGAUCCAUUGUAACGAAUUAUGAUAUUAGCAAUGUUUCGUUAAUUGCGUAUUCGUAUUCAUGUUUGCAUUUCAGUAGUUUUUUCUUUACAAUUUAUUCAUUUUUGUUUGAUUGUUCAGUAUAUACUUAUCGUCAUAAAUAAAAGAAAAAAAAGUA